AAAACAUUUUAACAGGUGAAAAAAGGCCGUUGCAAGUCCCUCAAAAAKAUGGAAUUUYUUCAAAUCUUCGUUGUGGUUUUGUUCAGUUUGCCGUUUACCUCUGGCGUCGAUUCAUAUGACCUGUGYGAGAAAGGAGAUAUCGAGGCRCUCAAAGGAAAAAUUUACUUUAAUUCCUCUUCUGUUAGCCGAAAUAGAGUAAGCUCUGCAUGUGAAAGGAAUAUUCACACGUCAAAAGGGAGAUUGAUGUUGACAUUGACCCAMAGUGAAAACCAAGACGAUUUAAUUCAAGUUAUUGAUGGUGCAUUUGGCGAACAAAAAAUUGUUUCUACAACHACAAAAGAUGGAAAAACCUACGAGUCGACUGGAAAUGCAAUGAGGAUUAUCUUAAAAGUCAAAGACACUUCAAAAYUUGGUUCUCUUGGGUUUAUCGAAGGAACAUUUGCGACUCUACCUUUUCCUGCCACGUGCAGUUGUAGCGCUAUUCAAAAUGGYCAUGUGAAAUGCCGUGAUAUACAUUUGGAAAGAAACUGCACAGUUCAGUGUCAAAAAGACUAUGUUGACUUAUUCAAAUCAACAGGGAAUUACACCUGUGAUCUGGUACRAGGAAGAUGGAACAAUGAAUACAAAAACACCGUUGGAUGCGUUCAAAAACCAUCGCUGCCAGACCAUGUGUUACAGGUGAAUUUCACGACUCAAAAACCGAUAUGUGAUYCUCUUAAGAACACUACUUCCGAUGUCUUAUUCAACUAUUUACUUACACAAGAAGCUAUCAAAGAAAAUAGUGCGUGCUUAAAGUCACAUWUUAGUAAUUGCUUUAAUUUUAGCUGUGAUAAUCAAGGUAACAACUCCUUUGUCUCGAUAAAUAUUCAAGACAAAGCAACCAGUAGGUGGAACGAGACGGGCACCGGAAAUCAAGCGCUUUUCAACGCGUACAACAAAAGUAAUGUGACGAAAAUCGCUCAAGCAUUGAUCAAUUAUAAACAAAAGGAAUAUACAAUAGUCAAAAAUAGCUUGCUGCACAAGCUUUUUACCAAAUGCACCAAAGGAACUUUCGAAAUUGGAUCGCRAUUCACAUGCUCUAAGUGUCCCCUAGGUUCUGUUUACAAACCUGAUAAGCGCACGUGCGAGAAGUGCCCUAAUGGAACAUUUCCAUCCAAAGAUUCSACCCAGUGYGUUAAAGACCGAACAGAACCUUCCCCUCAKCAAGAAAAAUCAUGUGRUAAUAUAGCGUGCAUGUCUGGAAAAGAACUUGAUCAAAACUCAGGGUUUUGUCAAUGGUGCCMUCACGAUACCUACAGGAAUAGUUCCGAGGUCGYUGCAAAAUGUACCUCUUGCCCCGAUGGAAAAAAGACCCUCUAUCGAGGGAGSWCAAGUGUUGAAGACUGUAUUGUACCAUGCAGCGAAGGGACAUUUUUUGAUACCAGUGCAAAAAAGUGCGUUAUGUGCCCAUUGGGAACUUUUCAGAAUAGURCAAAUCAUCUAUCUUCCUGGUGCAAUCAGUGUGGCAAUGGAAAAGUUACUUAUUCAAAGGGUGCGAAAAUGUCGUCAGACUGCUUACCAUCGUGUUCAAAAGGACGUUUCUAUGACAACCAGUCCAAAAAUUGCAYRGAUUGCCCAGUUGGAAGUUAUCAAAAUAGUACCAACCAACUAAAGUGCCAGAAGUGUCCCUCUGGAACAUCGACUCUAUCUACAGGAGCAAAUUCUACCUCUGAGUGCAAAAAGACAUGCCAAAAGGGACGCUAUUUCAAUAUGACCUGCAGMAAUUGCCCAUUAGGUACCUAUAUGGACAAAAGCGAUCACUUAUUAAUGUCUUGCAAAGAAUGUGARAAUAAUAAAACAACCUACGUCAAGGGAGCAGUUACAGAAGCACAGUGCUUUCCGCAAUGCAGUCCAGGCCAUUACUUUAAUCUCUCAGACUCGAUGUGCAUAAAAUGUAGAAUUGGCAGCUAUCAAAACAGCGAAAAACAACUAAAGUGCGUUGAUUGUCCCGAUGGUACCUCAACAAGAACAAUUGGAACCACCAAACCUUCAGACUGUAUCAAUACGUGCCCUAAUGGAACGUUUUACGAUGGGAAAAACAGUUCCUGCUCGGAUUGUCCGUUAGGUACGUAUAUGGAAAAUUUCGGACAUUUAGAAACAAAAUGUAAGGAAUGUGGCGACAAAAAGACAACGUACAUCAAAGGUGCAGCUGACUCAUCAAAAUGUUUCCCAAAAUGCAAAGUUGGACAGUAUUUUCACUCAACGCUUUCAAUCUGCAAAGAAUGUCCUCGAGGCUUUUACCAAAUGAAACCAGGACAACAAUCAUGCUUGGCCUGUCCCCMCGGAAUGAAUACAACAAGUGCUGGUGCAACUAGUAAUCUUGAGUGCGUUAAGAUCUGGGUAGUAUGUGGCCAGGGAGAGUUCUACGAUCCUAAAAAGGACAAUUGUCAGCUAUGUAAGAAUGGCACCUAUCAGUCAUCAGCAAAACACAAUUUGACAGCGUGUCAACCAUGUUUGAGUGGUCAGACCACUGGUACAGGCGCUAAGAAUAUCAGCGACUGUCUGGAAGGUUGUGAUGGUUUUCCUUGCAAGAACGGAGCUGAAUGCACGGAACGUAACCAAAUGUUUACUUGUCUCUGCCCUAAAGGAAUAACAGGCAGAAGAUGUGAUAUAAUUGAAGAGAAAGACAAGAUACAGAAACUCAAGGCGUCAGUUCGUUUUACUUCUCUCGAGUGGAGCAAUUCAUUGSAAGACCCWUCGCAUAAAGAUUACGUCAAGAUCACUUACAAGAUCGAAAAGGCUUUGAGAGAUGRCGUUUUUGAGAAAGAUGACGCUUUUGUUGGAGUUCAGGUUACGAAGCUACUGCCUGGAAGUGUCAUCGCGGAGUUCGACAUUUACAUGAACGAAAACAUGUCUCUGGUUCCCGCCAAUGCUUUGCAACAUGCUGUGGCUGAAGGAUUAAUUGGCGGGCUUCCUGUGGAUKCUAGUUUUCUGAACAUCAGUCAAGUUACCUGUUCACAGCCCCUGGGGAUGGAAAAUGGACAAAUCGCAGAUAAGAAUAUAGACAAUGGCAGUGGUAAAGGCAGGCUCAAAGGCGUGGCCUGGACACUUCCUUCUACAAAGAACAAUACGUCCAACACCAAGGGGCACCUUCAGAUUCAGUUUGAURGCAGCGUCAUYAUCACCGCAAUUGCAUCACAAGGUGACGGGAAGGGCUCCUUUGUGACKUYAUACACUGUUAUGUACAGCACAGAUGGGGACACUUGGAAAACAUAUCUGCCAUCAAAUAAAUCCUUAAAGGCGUAUAAUGGAAAUAAAGACACCACAUCUGUCGUCAAAAAUAUCCUCGCACAGCCAAUCACCUCAGUCAAGUUCAUCCGGGUUGUUCCUGAAUCAUACGAAAAGAGUAUUGCCAUGCGCGUUGAGCUGUAUGGGUGUCUGUCAGACCCAAUGCUUCCUUCGAGUCCACCCUCAACAACCAAAAAGCCUAAAACUGACGCAGUUAAAACAAACCCUAAUGUUAAAGGAGUACAAAGUGAUAAGGACGAAUAUUCGUGGGGUCAGUACCUUGGUAUUGCAUUUGGCUUGAUCAUGGCUGUCGUGGUUGUCGUCUCUUGCUUCCUGUGGUGGAGGAGUUCCAAGAACAAAAAGCAGAAAGAAGAUACUCCGCUUGUUAUGACGCGUUUUCAAGAUGGAAGCUACAGAGAGGUUGGAAGAGAAGAAGAAGACGAAGCGGUGUGAAACGCAUUAGUUAUUUCACUCCCUCAUGAUUGUAAAGUUGAUUUAGUCRCCUAGUUUUGUUUUGUUAUUCAUAAAAGUAGUCGUUAUUAGCGAUAGUAGGCUGAUGGAAGUGCAAUUUCGUGCUAUGCCAAUAUCAAAAAGAUGUUUUCUGACAUCAAAGUACCCAUUGGCUCAAAAGUGAGGCACAACAGGACUGCAUCCUCGAUACUCCUAAAGUCUCGAGGACGACACUGAGACAAAGAGGGGACGCACACGAAAACCACAGUCUGCGCAACAGCCUAACUUCUCGGAUUAUCAAUCUAUUUUAGUCUUAUAAUGAAUUCAGAACGUACAAAACACCUCACAUGCUCCAUCAGCUCCGCGUCGCUAGUGCUUGCAAGCCUAUAUAUAACCUCGCGGCUAGAUUGAUCCAUUUAACACAUUUAAUAUCGUAAUAUUGUCUUUGAAUUUAUCAUUGUUAUUAAUAAGUUACUUAUGGCCCUUUUUGCCAUUAAGAAACGGAGGUUUGAUUUACGUUUCUGUUCAGAGUCACAGCUUACCACUUUAGGUGUGCGCAUUUAAGCUUUUGAUAAUGUUAGCUUGUUUUUUAAAAGCAUUUGUUCGCUUUGACCUGCAAUUAUUUAAUACUUUUGUUGAUGCAUUUUGGCAAGAAUGUGAUUAUAUAAAAAAAUAAAUGCAAAAUAAAAUUUAAAAUAGACGAAUAAAUAAAAAGUAAAUGUAAAAAAAUGCUUGUUUUGUUUGC